UUAGGAACUUGGUGGCGAUGCAGCUGCCUUUGCAGCAACGUCCGCUGAUCUUCAAGGAGUGAAGGCGUACGCUGCUCUUGACAACUGCAAGCUUUGCACCUUGGGAAUGGCUAUCAUUGACUAUAGAGGCUAUAGAGUCACUGCGCAAAGUAUCAUUCCUGGUAUUCUCGAUAAAGAACAGGAACAAUCGGUAGUGUACGGCUCAAUAGACUUCGGCAAAACAGUCGUAUCAUCAGAACAGUAUCACGAGCUUCUUGAAUCAUCAGCCAAAGAGUUGAAGUUGUUGCCGCAUGAGGUUGUGAUUGAUGACAAGGGAAAUACUGCUAAACUCUUCACUAGCUAUGAAACAAAAGGUAUCAUCGGGAAUGAUGGUCGGCAUUAUGUGCUUGAUCUCUUACGAACAAUGCCUCCUGAUGUUCAUUACUUACAAGAAGCGGAGGUUACGGAGAAGUCUAGAGAGCUUGGAUUUCCUCGUCCAUUUCCACAUAAGCUAGCGACGCUUCGUCAAGAACUUGUGGAUAUCUUUCAUGAAGCUCGUUGUAUGCAGUUCAUCAAAAUGGCAGCAGCACAUGUUCGUCAGCAGUUAAAUGCUAAUAAAGAAAGCCAAGAAUCAGUGGAUAUUGAGAAUGAAGUAACCAGAGCACUAGUAGAAGUGAGCGAAGGUCGGGAUCCUCUCACCACAUGUAAUAUCACCAAAGAAGCGCUGUCCAAGGCUGCUGAAGCUGUGCAUUCCUUACGUCCAGACACUUUUGAUGUACGUUUCAAUCCUGAUUGCUUCUCCACCACUGUAAAGCACGCACCUGGAGAAAAUCUAGAAAAGCAAAAGAGACUUGUCAUGGAGAUGGUUUUUGCAAGUUGA